AUUGAAUUGAAUGCAGUUUUCGUAUGUUUUUGGUCGCAAUCGUUGUGUUUGUUGUCUAAUGAGUGGUAAUGUCUGCGGAGUUGUCAUCACUGCUGGAUCUGUCGGCCAACGAUUGUCUUGUGUUCACGAAUCGUGACUUCAAUUCUCAUGCAUUUAUUUUCGACCAUUUAGUGCACACUUCGGCCAAAAAGGGAUCAAAUCUGUUGCUAAUCCUGUUGUCCAACAGUUGGUCCCACUAUCGCAGUAUCGCCGCUAAGAUUGGCAUCAAUUUGACGGCUCUUAAAGACAAACAACUCAUUCGUGUGAUUGACGUCUUGGCCGAAGACGAGGAGUUUGAUUACAAGAGAUUUACCGCCGAUUUGGACAAACAUUUGUCUCAAUUGUGCGCCAAUAGUGUGUUGGUCCACAGAUUGCGAGUCCAUUGUCUCCAUAACGACAUUCUUGUGGCCAUUGGAACCCAUUAUCCCACCGAAGAGGACGACGAAGAAGUGAACCGAUUUGUGGUAUCGAUCGCUCAUAUAAGCGAUAUAUUGUGUCAAACGGACAAAACCUCUUCGGGAUAUUCACCGCUCGUUAGCGGAUGUCUUCACAUCACCACAAGACGUGACAAUAUCACCAAACAAUUCAAUUAUAAGAUUAGCGACAGAAGUGUUAAACUCAUGACAAUUGGUUCACAACUCUUUUGAGUCAAUAAAUGGUUUUAAAGUUUUUUUUUAAUAAUUUUGUUUUUAAUAUAUUUGAUAUAAAUUAUACCAAAAAUGUCUGAUUCUUGUGGUAAAAGUGACGAAGAAUUGACGGAAGAGUUUAUACGAUUGCAGUUAGAAUUGAGGGAUAAACUAGUGGUUUGUGACACUGAGGACUGGGCUCUCGAUAUGAAUAAACUUGAAUUGAUUGGAGGGCUCGACAUAUCGUACGAUAAGAGCGACAGUUCCAGAGGUUGUGUCACUUGUGUGGUAUUGAACGCUAAGAAUGACUUUGAAAUUGUCUAUAAAAACAAUACAUUCAUUGAACCAAUCAAUCGAUAUAUCGCCGGCUUUUUGGCGUUUCGUGAGAUCUCGUUUUUGGUCAAAGAAUACGAUACUCUUAAGCAAAAUGGAUCCCAAUUUAUGCCACAGGUUUGGCUUAUUGACGGCAAUGGUGUAUUACAUCCGCGAAAGUUUGGUUUGGCCUCACAUUUCGGUGUUUUGGUGGACAGUGCGGUCAUAGGUGUGGCCAAAAAUCCGUAUUAUCUUAAUUUUGUGGAUCAAUCCGUUAAAGACGACCACAAGAGACAGAAACUAAGUCUUGGCAAAGUUGGCGAUCAGUUCCCGAUUACGAACUCAUCGGAUGAGGUGAUAGGAGUGGCCCUCAAAACCAGCAGCGACUGUAAAAAUCCAGUCUAUGUGUCGAUCGGACAUAAAGUGUCAUUAAAUACAGCGAUUACUGUUGUCCUCAAGUGUUGUAAAUAUAGAGUUCCAGAACCCGUACGACAGGCGGACAUUAUUUCCAGACAACUCAUCAAUCAAUAAAUUUGGUGUCAAAACAAACGUCUAUUGAAUUAUUUAUGGCUU